CCCCUUGAAAAGGACGAGGGAGCGCCGUCCAGCGGUAGCGGCGGGAUGGAUGUCCCCGGCCGAUGUCACCGGGUUGAGGCUCCCUGGAAGAAGCUGUCGAAGGAGGAGCUGGAGAAGCAGUACAGCCCCAGCAGAUGGGUUACCCGACGGGGAGCCGAGGAGGCCUUGAGGACCUACUCACAGAUAGGGGAUGAGGCUACGAAGAGGGCCCAGGCCACCAGGAGAUGCCUGCUGGAUGUCCCCUACGGGGACGGCGAGGGGGAGAAGCUGGACAUCUACUUUCCUGAGCAAGCGUCUGAAGCCUUGCCUUUCUGUGUGUUCAUUCACGGCGGGUACUGGCAGAGUGGCAGUAAAGACACAUCAGCGUUCAUGGUCAACCCGCUGACAGCACAGGGAGUGGCCGUGGCGAUCGUGGGUUAUGACCUGGCCCCCAAAGGCACCCUGGACCAGAUGGUAGACCAAGUGACCCGGAGCGUCGUGUGUAUCCAGAAGCAAUAUCCAUGCAAUGAGGGGAUUUACCUGUGCGGACACUCAGCUGGGUCCCACCUAGCCGCCAUGAUGCUCCUGGCCAACUGGACCGAGCACCGAGUCACACCCAACAUCAAAGGCUUCUUCCUGGUAAGCGGGAUCUAUGACCUGGAGCCCAUCGUGUUCACCUCUCAGAACAUCCCUCUCCGCAUGACCCUGGAGGAUGCCCAGAGGAACAGUCCGCAGCGGCUCCUGGAGGCGGCCUUGACGCGGCCCGUGGACCCCGCCUGCCGCGUGCUGGUGGUUGUGGGCCAGCACGACUCCCCCGAGUUCUCCCAACAGUCCAGGGAAUUUCAUCAGACCCUGUGCAGAGGAGGGUGGGACGCCUCGUUUGAGGAACUCCACGAUGUGGAUCACUUUGAAAUCAUCUGGAAGCUAACCCAGAAGGACUACGUGCUCACGAAGAUGAUUUUGAGAACAGUCCUCCGGGAACCCGACAGUGCUGGACCCCCACCAGCGUGCACCUGAUGGGGAAGCUCCUCCGCGCAGCACACGGGCAUCCCCUUCCCGCCAGCCUUGGCUCUCUCCACGCCCAGCACCGCCUCCACGUGCUCUGAACGCCACUAAAAAUCUCCAAGGCCUUUUGCUCAUCCGGAUACCUCCAAUUGAUUCAGGCGUGAGAGCAAAACCACAAGAAACAACUGAUCCAGUAUAUUUCCAGUUCAAUAAUACAAAGACCGCUUAGACGCGCGGAGGCAUCUGUAUGCACACGAAGAAAUCAAUUUCCAGUGGCGUCAGGGCUGUCAGCACAGAGCCCGACGCAGGGCUCAGACCCACAAACCUUGAGAUCAUGACGUGAGCGGAGACCAAGAGUCAGACGCUUAACAACCGAGCCACCCAGGCGCCCCUCCAAAUCAUAACCUAAAAAAAAGUCAUAAGUAUUUAAAUGUAGUAUGUCAUUGGAAACGCUAAAAUAUUCAGAAAGCUUUCAGGAUGUAGGCAUAUGAGAAUGACAUUAUAGAAGUACCUUGAAUUUAUUCCAGAUCUUUAAAAGAAAUGACUCACAAACUGUGGAACUUUGUUUAACAUUUGCAACCAAUUCCUCAUGAGACACCCCGUGGCUGCUGGCACAAAAACCUGCUGUCUCCACACCUCGGCAGAGAAUCGGUCCCUAGGUUACGCCCUGUUAGAGCAAAAUGCCUUACAGUAAGCAAAAGAUGGAACAAAACUGGUCACCACCUCUUAAUGCUAUUUUCACUUUAAAAAGGAGGCAUACUGGGGCGCCUGGGUGGCCCAGUCAGUUAAGCGUCUGACUUCGGCUCAG